AUGGGCGAAGGAAAGGAAAAGCCGCUUAAUAAAUAUAUCUGGCUUCUCACCGCCUCCCUUAUAACCAUCCAAGUCGGCCGCCCCGCCGUUUCCUGGUCAAUCCACGAAAAGCUCCUCUGCGCUCGCGCCCAAUUCUUCGCCAAGACCUUUUCCUCCUCAUCUGACAAGACCUACAACCUCCCCGACGAAGACCCCGAGCCCUUCCAGGCCUUCGUCGGCUGGCUCUACAGCGCCCACACCCCGACCCCCGUCGAGGAAAAAGACCUCGACAUCCUCUACGACCUCUACCUCCUCGACACCAAGUUCCGCGCCCGCGAGCUGCAGGCGCAGACGAUGGCGAGCGUGAAGAAGUUCUAUGCGGACUCGGAUACCUACCCGGGCUUGAGGCGCGUGCAGUAUGUGUACGCGAAUACGGAGGAGGGGAGUGCGAUGCGCGCGAUGCUGGUGUCAGCUGUCGCGAGAGGGUUGGUGUUGCGGGGUGAUGGCAUUCCGCAGCAUUGGGACAAAGCAUUGCAGAAGAAUGGGUCGUUGGCGGUUGAUUUGGUGCGCGCGGUGCAAGGGUGGAGCUUGAGUCCUGAUACUGUGCCCGAUGCGCGCGCCGAGGGCGAGGAUGGGAGUGUUUCGGUUAAGGAUGAGGAUGAAGAUGAUGAGGACGAGGAUGAGGAGAUGACAGAGGAUGGGGAGCAUGAACUGAAGGCUGAGGAUGUGAAGAAGGAAGACCCGAUGGGGGAGCUGCCGAAUGGGCUGGUGAAUGGGAUUAAGCAUUGAAGUGUGCAGAUGGUAGAGCCCGAGGUGGAAAUGGAGGUGCAGAAACGGGAGAGGGAGGAGAAGUCUGACACAAGAGAUGCAAUACGCUCGAAAGUUCACUUUGGCGAGGAAGAGAGGCAUACAAAAUCUGAUGUUCUCGAUGAGCCUAUGGAGAUUUUAACAGAGACACAGGCGGAGGCGCCUACGAAGGCACCUACAAAGGCACGGUCCACCGUCCUUAUCAGCGCCACGAGGGCCAGGUCCAAAAGGCGAAAGCCUUCGAUUCAGUGGAAUUUGUUCUUCUUUCCUUAACCUCCAGCUUUUGCUUGGCUUUUCUAUUAUUGACGGCGUUCUGGUUCUAAAAACACAGUACACUUGAGGGCAUGUGCUUGGUAAUAAUU